CGGCGCUGAUUAUAGCGGCGCUAAGGUGCUAUACGUGGUGGAGACUCGAUUUUCGUAACCUGCCUGCAGCGCAAAAUGCGCACGCGCAGCGACGCAGCGCGCCAGCGAUCCCUGCUGAAGCUCCCAGAGGACUGCAUCAGGCAUGUGGCGCUUUUCAUUGAUCGCGACGUCCACGGGGCGCGGUUUGCGUUGACGUCGCGGCGCGUGAUGCGCUCCCUGACGUCCACGGUCUGGGCCAAGAUUCUGAAAGCGACGCACGGCGGCCUCAAGAUCGCCGCCGCGGAGACAGACGGGCUGCGGGUCGCUGCGCGACUCGCGGCCGCGCGCGCUGACAGAGGGCCCGUCGAUGGGUUCUGGGCCCUCGCCACGAGUUGCGGCGCCGCGCCAUACGCCCAACAGCAAUAUUGGGCCGACGCGCUCUUCCGACGCGAGCCUUGGCGCAUCUACUGCUCGCGAUCCAACCCCGGCGGCGAACCGGUGCUCUGCGCGACGGCGUUUCUGGCGGGCGGAGAGGACGAGGAAGGGCCCGAUCGGCGAUAUAUGUUAGAUAGGCUCGAAGCGGAUAAUCGCGCGUAUAUCCAGGAAAGUUUCAGGAAGGGAAGGUCCAACCUGGCCUAUGUGUUCGAGGAUGUUUAUGGACGCAACGCUCCCAACGCAAGUCCAUUGACUGGGAGGACGUUGCGCAUAUGCCAGGAAAUUGCGCGCCGUUUCGACAAUGCUCAAUUGGACAACCCGUGGUUUAGGUCGGGCCUCUCGGAAACUGUUUACGAGGCUCGCGGCGACAACGGCGUUCAGGUGGACCCGCGCGUCGAGGCGCUGGCCGCGAGGGCGCACCCGGCGACUGCGAUCGCGACCGGAAUCACUAUCCGCCGCGCGCUGAACUUCACGUGUCCCGCGCGCUGUGGCAUCAUCUACGGCUUCCGAAGGCCUCCUCGCGUCUCCGACAUCUCCGACGGCCGCUUGAAGGAUCUAGCGGCCGCCGCUGCACCGACGAUCUGCGAGCUCGGGCCACUAUCUGGUGAUUCUCCCAAUGCAUUAAAAGACUGCUUCGAGGACACUGAACCGGUGCGUCUCUCACUGCGAGGCGUCUUCUGUGCAUGCGCAUGCUACCAGAUCGUCGGCGGCGACCAGGACGCGGAGGUCUUCCCGCUCGCAGUCUUCUCCUUUCCUAUUCGCUCUCAGGUCCAAGAAAUUCCCGACAUGCGGGCGACCCUCGCCGUCCCCGUGGCGAUCCAGGGCAUGGUCGUCGCCGUCGUCGAGGUCGACAACCACGGCGACGAACUUUGGAACGAAGGCGAGGCCAACGUCGACCUGGAGUACGUAGGCAUCGAGGGCUACGCGUACGUGCCACCGGGUCACGAGCCGGUGCCACCGGACCACCGCUUGUGAUCCUCUCUCUGCUGUGUAGUUAGCGUAACUAUGAAAUAAGAC